AUGUCCGAAGAGUGCAUCGUCUGCCUCGAACCAAAGGCGGCAUCCGACUUUCCCACAGAGCCGCUGACAAGCACAUGCGACCAUUCCCCGUGUACAUGUCUGGAUUGUAUCCGGAUUGCCAUAGCUGUCAAUAUUGGCGGCAAUCUGUCGUCACGCAUUGCUUGUCCAGAGUGCGAAGAAAUCUUGAGCCAUGAAGCAAUACAGCGGUAUGCGGACGACGUAGCGAGACGAAAGUAUAAUGAUAUGGUGAUUCGCCAGGCGCUGGAAGGUUUUGAGGGGUUUAUUUGGUGCGCGUCGGGCUGCGGUAGCGGACAGAUCCACGACGGUGGCGUAGACCAGCCCAUUGUGAAAUGCACCUCAUGCGGUGGCCAGACGUGUUUCCAGCACAGAUCGCUUUGGCACACCGGUGUGUCAUGUGAAGAGUGGGAUCUGAUUCGAUCUUUCCCGAUGCCGUCAACUGUAAGUGAUGGCCUGAGCAACGGCAAGAUCCUCGAUCGGAUCCGGCGUGCACGAGAGAUCCAGGCCAGCGAGGAGGUCAUCGGGAAGAUUUCCAAGCGAUGCCCAGGCUGUGCGAGGAGUAUUGAGAAGAAUGGGGGAUGGUGA